GAAGGGAAAGAAGAAUACUGCAGAUCAAUGAUUGGCUACGUAGAUGGUAUCAUCUGGAAAGCUGUAGCGAGCUUGGCCAUGUACCACUACUUGGCAGCCAUCCUGGUGGGCCUCUAUCUCCUGUUCCGAUGGCAUCGUGACAAGCAGAGCAUAAGCAACUUGACAGAGAAGUACGUCUUCAUAACGGGCUGCUGCUCUGGGUUCGGGAACCUCCUGGCCAGACAGCUGGAUGCUCGGGGAUUUCGUGUGUUGGCAGCUUGUUUCACACCUGAGGGAGCGGAGAAGCUAAAGGAGAAUGCGUCGGAACGACUGCAAACCACCAUCUUGGAUGUCCGCAGCACGGAAAGUGUGGCCAGAGCCACAGAAUGGGUUAAAAGCCAGGUUGGCGACAAAGGGCUCUGGGGGUUGGUGAACAACGCAGGCAUCUCCGUUCCGUCUGGUCCCAAUGAGUGGAUGACCAAGGAAGACUUCAAGAAGGUUACAGACGUCAACUUUUUGGGGAUGGUGGAUGUGACGAUACACAUGAUGCCUUUGCUAAGAAAAGCCAAAGGGAGGGUAGUCAACGUAUCCAGCUUCCUGGGGCGGGUCGCCGUCUUUGGAGGCGGCUACUGCCCUUCAAAAUUCGCAGUCGAGGGCUUCUCUGACUGUCUCAGACGUGAGAGUGCAUGCUUUGGAUUGAAGGUCUCCAUUAUAGAGCCAGGCUUCUUCAAAACUGCUGUCACUGAUGAAAAGAUCUUGAUCAACAACUUCAAGAGCCUUUGGGAACGGCUCCCAGAUGAAACCAAGAGAGUGUAUGGGGAAUCUUUCCUAGAGGGAACAGGUUAUAAAAUGGUCAGAAUAAUGCAAAUGGUCAGCAGUACCGACCUCUCGCUGGUGACCGACUGCAUGGAGCAUGCACUGACUGCUGUUCACCCUCGCACCCGCUACUCCGCUGGAUGGGACGCCAAGUUCUUUUACAUCCCUCUGAGCUACUUUCCGGCAUGGGUAGCAGACCGGGUGAUCACCUUAUUUAACCCAAAACCACAGCAGUGCAAGUAGAGGCGUGAGAGCAUUCUAUGUAAACUGUAGCAUUGGCAAAGGGGCUACAAAUCUCAUUGGUGUGAUGCUCUAGAAACAUUGCCAGCAUUUGGAGAAACUUAUUGUUUUAAAGACUUUCAUUGAGGAAAGUGGUAUGUGUGUAUAUA